UCCGUAGUCAGACCUGCUAUGUUAUAUGGGGCAGAGUGUUGGGCGGUUAAGAAGACUCAUGUGCGUCGUCUGCAUGCGGCGGAGAUGCGGAUGUUACGAUGGAUGUGUGGGAAGACAAGGUUGGAUAGGAUUUCGAACGAAGUUAUCCGACGUCAGGUAGGCAUGGCACCGGUGGAAGAUAAGUUGCGGGAAGCGAGGUUGAGAUGGUUUGGCCAUGUGAGACGGCGGGAUGCUGACGCUCCUGUACGGAGAUGCGAGAGGAUUACGGUUAUCGGGGGGAGUAGGGGAAGGGGUAGACCUAGGAAGAAUUGGAAGAAGGUGAUUAGGCAGGAUUUAGGACUUCUCGAACUGACUGAGGAUAUGGCCCUAGAUAGGAACCUUUGGAAAACUAGGAUUAGAGUAGCUGGAUAGGAGCUCGGUGGAGCCGGGGGUCUCUUGGAAACAGCCUCCCUACUUCCGAGUAGGGGCAAGGUCUGCGUACACACACCCUCCCCAGACCCUACUGUUGUGGGAUUCACCUGGGUUGUUGUUGUUGUAUAUUUAAAUAAGUGUGUAAUAUCUUAUUUGAAUUCUAGAUUCAAACCCCAAGUUAAGAUAAGAGUGUGUCAUAUCUCUUAACACCAACUUGGUUUAUCCCCUCCUAU